GCACUGUACUGUGUAUUCCAGUUGACGAAAAGUCGCAACAAUUUUUCGGACCGGAUGUUUUUAAUGAAGACUUUCCAGAAGAAAAUCCCGGAUUAUUUGAAGGUGAUAUUGAAUUGAGAGAGGGUGAAGAUCCGAAUGAUAGGAAUUCUAUAGUAGAUAAAAGAAAGAUUUGGCCAAAUGGUAUGUUGCCAUACGAAAUCUCUUCGGCUUAUUCUUCAUUCGAUCAGACGUCGAUUAGAAAUGCAAUGAAAACUAUAGAAGAUAAAACUAGAGUUAAUGGUCAAAAUUGUAUCACCUUUACUCCCCAUAAUGGUGAACAGCGGUACAUUAGAUUCGUUUCUGGAUCUGGUUGUCAUACUCCGGUUGGUAUGGGAUUCUCAUCUUCAGCUGUAACGUUAGGAAGAGGCUGUCUAAGAAUUGGUACCAUUAUGCAUGAAAUUAGCCAUGCUUUAGGAAUGUGGCAUGAACAAAGUCGACACGACAGAGAUAAUUACGUCACUAUCGACUUCAGCAAUAUUCAAUCAGGUCAUGAACGAAAUUUCGACAAGUAUCAACUCGGCUUUAUCGACGAACUUGGGCAACCAUACGACUAUGAAUCCGUCAUGCACUACAGUGCAUACGCAUUUUCUCAAGACCGAAGAAAGCCAACCAUCAUUCCUAAACAACGCGGAGUCAGCAUUGGACAACGCACCCAUUUAAGUCCCAUUGAUGUCAAAGAGAUUCAAAUCUUAUAUGGUUGUAUUUCAAGACCAACAUCCACGGGGAACACACCUACCCCAACUCAAGCACCAAUCGUACACGGAACUCCGGGAACAUGUACAUUUGAGAAUGGAGCUUGUGGUUGGUUGAACGAAGCUGGUUCAGUAGGAUGGGCAAUUAGAGAAGGCAAGACACCAAGCCAAGGAACUGGACCUUCUGGUGACCACUCAGGAUCUCCCCUUGGACAUUAUCUGUAUGUAGAAGCAUCUGGACACUACAGUCAAUCUGCUUUUCUGACAUCACCAAUGUACCCAUCUGGAGAAUACUGUUUAGAUUUCUAUUUUGAUAUGUAUGGUCAGAGUAUGGGAUAUUUUAGAGUAUAUGCAAGAAUUGGUAAUAAUAGACAAUUAAUCCAUCAAGUAACCGGUGAUCAAGGUGAUAGAUGGCUCAGAUAUAGAGUUAAUAUCAAUGUUCCCUCACCAGCUUCUUUUAAGAUUGAAUUAGAGGGACAUGUGGGAACAUCUUAUACCAGUGAUAUAGCUCUUGAUGACUUAACAUUACAUCAAGGAAAAUGUUAAAUAAAUAGUAGCCCUUUU